UCUUUGUCUUGUUUUAGUUUACUCAAAAGACUUCACUUUUUCUCUACUCCUUAGUAUCGUAUUGUCUUUUUCUUAACAAGUGAUUUGCUUUCGUGGGUGGUUGCAAUUUCUUGAAUUUAAACCCACUACUUUAGUAUUCCUACCAUCUUCAUUUCUUCUUUAUUUUUUGUUUUUGCUUUCUUUCAUUUUUUUUUCUAUACUUAACAAAGCAACCCCAUUUUUCAGCUGAUUAGUAUUCAGUGUCUUCAUAAACCCCACAUCUUCUACUCCCUUCUUUCUUUCUGGUUGAUGAAUUCUACUUGCCGGUCAUAAAACAGAGUACUAUGAGACCGUACAUUUAUUUCUUGCUUUUGUUUCUUGGCUAUGGAGUUUCUUUAGCCACUUGCAGUUUUUUCCCUACUAAUGAAGUUUGGGCUCUUACAACAUUUAAAGAAGCUAUAUAUGAAGACCCACAUCUGGUUUUGUCAAACUGGAAUGCUUUAGAUGCUGAUCCGUGUAACUGGUUUGGGAUUACUUGUAAUCCAGAGAGGCAACAUGUUACAAAGAUAAACAUAACCGGUUCAUCUUUGAAGGGAUUUCUUGCACCAGAAAUAGGCCAAAUUACCAACUUGCUAGAACUAACUUUACAUGACAACAAUCUGAUUGGAACAAUACCUAAAGAACUAGGCUUUUUGAAGUCCCUCAAAGUGUUGGAUUUGGGGAUGAAUCAACUGACUGGUCCUAUUCCUCCGGAGCUAGGGAAUUUGUCCGGUGUGACAAAGCUAAACCUUCAGUCAAAUCGGUUAACAGGGAGCCUGCCUGCUGAACUUGGGAAUUUAGAGAAUCUUCAGGAACUUAUCCUCGAUCGAAAUAAGCUUCAAGGAACUGUUCCUGCUGCUAGCAAUUCAGCAUUUUCAGCCAAGAUGCAUGGAAUGUAUGCCUCUCGUUCAAACUUAACUGGACUUUGUCGCUCAUCUCGGUUAAAAGUGGUGGAUGUCUCCUACAAUUAUUUGGUUGGAAGCAUACCUAAGUGUUUGACAAACCUUCCAAACGCAAGCUUUCAAGGGAACUGUCUUCGGGACAAAGAUGUUAAACAGCGUCCUAGCACACAAUGUGGUGCUUUUCCAUCCAAAAGUCACCAAGUACCCAAAAGUAAGCAUCGGCCUACUGAAGACGUUCCAAAGCAUCAGAAAGAAUCAAAACCUACCUGGCUCUUAGCUCUUGAAAUCGCAACAGGAAUCACGGUGGGUUCUCUCUUUCUUGUUGCCCUCCGUACUGCUUUCCAUAGAUGCAAUAGCAAGCCUGCAAUCAUAAUCCCUUGGAAGAAAUCAGCGAGUGAGAAGGAACAGUUGGCAGUAUAUGUAGAUUCUGAGUUGUUGAAAGAUGUGACUAAAUAUAGCAGACAAGAGCUUGAAGUAGCUUGUGAAGACUUCAGCAACAUUAUCGGUUCCUCUCUGGACAGUUUGGUCUACAAAGGCACCAUGAAGGGUGGUCCUGAAAUUGCUGUGAUAUCCCUCUCCAUUAAAGAGGAGCACUGGACAGGCUACCUUGAGCUAUAUUUCCAGAGAGAGGUAGCAGAUUUGGCAAGAUUGAAUCAUGAUAGUGUAGGGAAACUACUAGGAUACUGUAGGGAGAUCAGUCCAUUUACAAGGAUGCUUGUUUUUGAAUAUGCAUCAAAUGGAACACUUCACGAGCAUUUGCAUUAUGGAGAAGGAUCCCAACUAUCUUGGACACGACGUAUGAGAAUUAUUCUCGGCAUUGCUCGAGGACUCAAGUAUCUUCAUGCAGAACUUGAGCCACCAUUCACUAUAUCAGAGUUAAACUCUAGUGCUGUGUAUCUUACAGAGGAUUUUUCCCCCAAGUUGGUUGAUUUUGAAAGUUGGAAGACUAUUAUUGCUAGAUCAGAAAAGAACUCUGGUUCUAUUGGCAGCAAUGGAGCCAUGUGUCUACUUCCCAGUUCUGUGGAGAAUCGUCAUCUUGAUAUCCAGGGAAACAUACAUGCUUUUGGCAUACUUCUACUCGAGAUAAUCAGUGGUAGGCCUCCAUUUUGCAAGGACAGGGGGUCUUUGAUAGAUUGGGCCAAGGACUAUCUUGAACUACCGGAAGUAAUGUCUCAUAUUGUGGACCCUGAACUAAAGCAUUUCACGUACGAUGACCUCAAACUCAUCUGCGAAAUCAUAAGCCUUUGCAUUCAUCCAGACACUUCGAGACGGCCAUCCAUGCAGGAAAUAAGCCUCAUGCUCGAGAGCAGCAUUGACACGUCGGUAUCUAUUGAGCUCAAGUCAUCUUCUUUGGCAUGGGCUGAACUUGCUCUUUCAUCAUGAUUAAUUGAAGCUGCUAACCACACUAUUAGAUCAAAAUACAUACAGUUUUACCCUUUUUUUUCCCUUCCUUUCAAUCUUUGUAAAUGCUGUACGCCAAAAGAAACAUUUGGGGUUCAUCUAAUUACUGAAAAAUCCCACUUCAUUUGUAUACCUUGGAUGUUUUCAGAAUUUUUUCUUUUCUGAAAAUAACAAUACAACUGGUUUAGUUCUUUUCCCAUGGAUCAGUGUACACUCAGUUUCACUAUAUAUGUAAAUUAAGCUCGUUGUCCCCACUUAUAAAAUGAAAUUGUUGGCUGUUUA